AUGCAUGCUAGAUUCGUCGCCGUCACUCUGGCAUCCCUCACCUUUGCCUCACAGGCCCUGGCAUGGGGCUGCAUCGGCCAGGAUUGCAACCACGCUGCCAACCAGAUCUCCUUCUCAGCACCCGAAUCUGCCAAUCACGACGCCAAGUCAGGCUCGCUCGCAUGGGGUCCCACUCCUGGACAGGGCUGGCAGUGGUCCAGCUGCGGAACUGGUGACGAGAUUGUAGACGUAGACAGCAUCGUCGUCAGCCCAGACCCGCCCGUUCCCGGUCAAAAUCUCACCGUCCGUGCUAAGGGUACCAUCAAGGACGAAGUUAGCGACGGCACCUUUGCUGAUGUCAUUGUCAAGCUUGGUCUCAUUCGUCUGCUCGCACGCCGAUUCGACGUUUGCGAGGAAGCCAGACAGAACAACGCUGACCUUCAAUGCCCAUUGUCCGCCGGAGAGUACGAGCUGGAACACACAGUCGCACUGCCUCGAGAGAUUCCACCCGGCAAGUUCAACGUCCACAUUACCGGAGAGAACCAGGACGGCUCCAACCUGCUCUGCCUCGAUCUCAGCAUUCAAUUCGGCUUCCGUCGUUGA